AUGCCAUGCGACACCAAAACCACCUGCGCCGGCUGUUCCUGCGCCAGCACACGCCCACCCCCAAAUAUUGAAGACUGCGAAGCCGAACUCCUGGCCCUACGCAAGCGCACAGUGGACCUAGAGAAAACCCUAGCAAAACUACAAGACAACCCAACAAAAGCACGACAAGGCCGCAAACUACGCUCAACACGCUGGUUCAAUAACGAUGAAAACCCGGGCAUGACAGCGCUAUAUAUCGAACGAUACUUGAACUACGGUAUCUCGCGCGAAGAACUCAUGGCCGGGAAACCAGUCAUCGGCAUCGCGCAGUCCGGCUCUGAUAUCGUGCCGUGUAAUCGGCAUCAUCUUGAACUGGCGAAGCGCGUGCGGGAGGGGAUUCGGAGUGCUGGCGGGAUUGCCUUUGAGUUUCCUACGCAUCCUAUUCAGGAGAGUUCGCGGAGGCCGACUGCUUGUCUAGAUCGGAAUUUGGCUUAUUUGGGGUUGGUAGAGAUUUUGCAUGCUUAUCCUUUGGAUGGGGUUGUGCUUUUGACUGGGUGUGAUAAGACGACGCCGGCUGCAUUGAUGGCUGCUGCUACUGUGAACAUCCCGGCAAUUUGUCUGAAUGUUGGCCCUAUGUUGAAUGGUUAUUUGAAGAAUGACCUGGCUGGAUCAGGUAUGGUAGUAUGGAAAGGGCGAGAGAUGUACGCUGCAGGCGAGAUGAACCGCGAAGAGUUCAUGGAUUAUGUGGCUCGAGGAGCACCGUCUGUGGGCCACUGUAAUACCAUGGGCACAGCAUCAACAAUGAACGCCUUAGCCGAGGCACUAGGCAUGGCUCUCCCCGGUUCAGCAGCAAUCCCAGCCCCAUAUCGAGAGCGCGGCCAAUGUGCCUACGAGACCGGCGAGCGUAUCGUCGAAAUGGUCCACGCAGACCGCAAACCGAGCGAUAUCAUGACACGUGCAGCCUUCGAAAAUGUUAUAGUAACCAACACCGCCAUCGGCGGGAGCACCAAUGCACCAAUCCAUAUCAACGCAAUGGCCAAACACAUCGGUGUGGAGCUCUCCCUAGACGACUGGGACCAGAUUGGCUUCCACAUUCCUCUACUACUCAACAUGCAACCCGCCGGCGAGUUCUUGGGCGAGGAAUAUUUCCGCGCAGGAGGAUUGCCUGCUAUCAUGGCUGAGCUCUUAGACGCCGGAAAAUUGUACCCAGACGCACUAACCUGCAAUGGCAAAACCGUGGAAGAGAAUGUGCGCGGACAACAUACCUGGAAUCGAAAGAUUAUUCACUCGUAUAGCGAGCCUAUAAUGGUCGAUGCUGGAUUUGUGCAUUUGACGGGCACGUUGUUUAACUCCGCGAUUAUGAAAACAUCUGUGAUCUCGCCUGCAUUUCGACAAAAGUUCCUCGAGAACCCGGAUGAUCUGAACGCUUUCGAGGGUGCGGUUGUUGUCUUUGAUGGACCGGAGGAUUACCAUCACCGACUCGACGACCCCGCAACUCCGAUUGAUGAUACAAGUAUCCUGGUCAUGCGUGGUGCGGGACCAUUGGGAUAUCCGGGUGCGGCGGAAGUGGUGAAUAUGCAUCCUCCAGCACGUUUAUUAAAACAGGGAAUUACUUCAUUACCGUGUAUCGGAGAUGGGCGUCAAUCGGGUACAUCGGGCUCACCGUCUAUUCUGAAUGCAAGCCCUGAAGCUGCAGCCGGGGGAAACCUUGCACUGCUUCGUGAUGGUGAUAGACUGCGUGUUGAUCUGACUAAGCGCCGUGUUGAUAUCCUGAUUGAUCACGAGGAAUUACAGCGUCGUCGUGAAGAAUUGGAGGCUCGGGGUGGGUUUGAUAUGCCUGAAAGUCAGACGCCGUGGCAGGAGAUUUUCCGUCGUGAGACUGAUCAGCUGAAUGAAGGUAUGGUUCUGCGUGAUGCUGUUAAGUAUCAGCGUGUUGCGCAGCAGUGGGAGGAACCGAGGCAUAACCAUUGA